UUGUUAAACGCAGAGUUAACGUGUUUAACGAACGAGACAGUUCAGUGUGUGACCUUGAUUAAUUAUUUUAAAUUAUCCACGACGAGAUAGCAUUCGGGGCUUUGGAAAAUUUUAUUUUUGAAAAUUGUUCUCGAGUUUCUGGUUUUCAGUGCAUUUUUUUGCAAAAUGAAGAGAUCACUCAGCUUCCUCGUCGUUGCUGCACUAGUUGCGCUUGCGCAUGGAUUACCUCGCGUACCCCAAGACGAAGUGGAUUCAUCAGAAUCAGCAAAUCCAAAUGUCGACUCGAUUCUGGUGCGUUCGAGCUACAAUUCCCCGAUUGGUGCGAUCUACAGCGAUAUCCCAUCGCUGGAUGACGACGAUGUUGACGAGCCCCUGGGCCUCUUCGGUCGCAAUUCAUUCGCAGCUAGCCCCUUUGAGGGCUUUCUGACCGGCAUGCAAAGGGCUAUGGUCAAACUCAGAGAGCAGAUGGCAGGAUCUCUCGGUGGAAUAAGCAGACUAGUCCCAUGGGCCAAGGUCCCGGAGGGUGCGAACACAACCUCUACGACUCAGGUGAUUGAUGGUCAUGUUAUAACGAUAAAUGACACAACCUACAACAACACAAGUGACAACGGCCAUUCCUUCUACCGCAUUCGCAUUAUAGAUGUGAAGCCACAGGAUGACGGAGACGUACCUGAGGACAGUGGUGAAGUGACUGAUAAGCCGUCGACUGAUAAUAAACCAACUGAGUCAACCAAGGAGGCAACAACACCAGCGAGAAGUGUCGAGACCGUUGAGGACACUGGCAACAAUGAAAUACCAGACAGCCAAGUUGAUACACUCAAAGCCUAAGAUCAUUCCGUACUCUGUCGUAAUUUACUUCUUAUUGUUUAACUGAAAGGAAUUUGACAUUUGUUUCUAAAUUAAUGGCGUGAAAUGAAAUGAAUUGAUUUUUCUCAAUCGGCUGCAGCAAUCGAGAACUUCUCAAUGCGAAAUUGUUAAUUCAGGUCGUUACGUUUCACAAACAAAAUUCGUAUGAUUGUUGUAUUAUUAUUAACGACUAUUAUUCUAUUAUAUUCAUUUCAAUACUUUAUGCACAAUUAAUUAAUCAUAAAGUUGAUCGAUUGAAAAUGAUAUUAAUUAGCGAUAAACUCGUCGAGUAAUUUUAAUAUUCAAUUUACUGGAAAACUUUUCGAGUUGUGAAUUUAUAUCUGAUUUUAUUUUUGUUUAGUAUUUAGGGAGAGUGAUGUUUUUUUUUUAUUUAAGUGGUCAUUGUGAUAAGAUGUUAAUAAAAAUGUGAAAUAUUUAAA